GCAUAUCUAGUUUCAAAGGGUAAUCCGAGCGAGAGGAUGGCUUCGAUAUCCGGCCAGGGAACUCCUAAGCUGACAUCCGCUGUCGGGAACCUGUACUAUGACUCCAUUCUGCCGUACCGCGAGGACGCCAAUAUGCAGACCAGGGAGUUCCUCGCCAGGGUGGUGGACGUGCUCCUCGACUUCGUGCAAAAGGUCAACGACAGGAAUGAAAAGAUCUUGGAGUUCAAGAUGCCCGAAGAGAUGCAGAAGCUCCUAGACUUAGAGCUGCACGAUGAGCCUCUCCCUCUGAAGCAGCUCCUCGAAGACUGCAAGGCUACGCUCAAGUACCAAGUCAAAACCGGGCAUCCUCACUUCUUCAACCAGCUGUCGUGCGGCCUGGACGUGAUAUCUCUGGCCGGGGAGUGGCUGACGGCUGCUGCAAACACCAACAUGUUCACGUACGAGAUAGCCCCGGUCUUCAUCUUGAUGGAAAACAUUGUGUUGGAGAAGAUGCGCAACAUGAUCGGGUGGAAGACUGGCGAUUCUAUACUGGCACCUGGCGGCUCUGUGUCCAAUCUCUACGCUUUCCUGGCUGCUCGUCACCACAAGUUCCCGCAGUACAAAGAGAAGGGUCUCACCAGCAUCCCUGGGCACCUAGUAAUGUUUACUUCGGACCAGUGUCACUACUCUGUGAAGUCCUGCGCUUCGGUCUGCGGCCUGGGCACAGACUACUGUGUGUGCGUGCCUUCGGACGAACGCGGUAGGAUGAUACCUGCCCAGCUGGAGCGCCUUGUCCGCUACCACAAGGACAAGGGCCACGUCCCAUUCUUCGUGAACGCCACUUCGGGGACAACGGUGCUCGGUGCCUUCGACCCACUCAGCGAGAUUGCCGACAUCUGUGAGAAGUAUGACAUGUGGAUGCACGUGGAUGCUGCUUGGGGCGGAGGCCUGCUGUUCUCGAAGAAAUACCGUCACCCUCGGCUAACCGGCAUCGAGAGGGCUGAUUCUGUCACGUGGAACCCUCACAAGCUGAUGGGGACUCUGCUUCAGUGCUCCACAGUGCACUUUAAGUAUGAAGGUAUCCUUCUGAGCUGCAACGCUAUGUCGGCUGAAUACUUGUUCAUGACAGACAAGAUCUAUGAUCCUCGAUUCGACACCGGCGACAAGGUGAUCCAGUGUGGGAGGCACAAUGAUAUCUUCAAGCUGUGGCUGCAAUGGCGCGGAAAGGGUACGUCCGGAUUUGAACGCCUCAUGGAUCGUCUCAUGGAGCUAUCAGAGUAUAUGGUGCGCCGCAUCAAGGAGCAGCCGGACAAGUUCUACCUCAUUUUGGAGCCGGAGCUGGUCAACGUGUCGUUCUGGUAUCUGCCGAAGCAGCUGCGAGGGAUUCCUCAUGAUGCCAACAAGGAGAUACGUUUGGGGAAGGUGUGUGCCAAGCUGAAGGGAAGAAUGAUGCAGUCCGGUACCCUGAUGGUGGGCUACCAGCCGGACGACCGCCGCCCCAACUUCUUCAGGAACAUAAUAUCGUCGGCGGCUGUCACGGAAAAGGACGUGGACUUCUUACUCUCAGAGAUGGACCGCCUCGGUCAGGACAUUGUUGUUGAAUAAAUUUAAAUAUGUGUCCGUCAUUAUAAGUGUGGGAACUUACUUUGGAAUAGUGACAUCUGUGUUUUAAAAACGCAAACUGUACGUUUUAAUCCCAUAGCUUGCCGUAUGACUUUUGACAUAGGCAUCUAACGGGUUUUUUUCUUACACAUACAUUUGACAUGUCACUGCGGAGAGGUUAUUCGUCAGUAGCUUUCAAGGGCUAUUCUGGCUUGACCGGUUUGGUAGGUGAACUCACUAGGCUCAGCUUGAAAGAGUUUGCUAAAAUCUGCCUUAACAAGAGCAGUGCUUCACUGAAUCUAGCAUUGGAUCGAAAACAAACCCAGCUGAGUAGUACCGGUGAGAAACUUAGUGUAUUGUGUCUAUGGGUUACGGUUUAAAGCCUUCGUCAAACAGAACGCG